AUGAGUUUGAGAUCAGCUCAGUCGAAGAGUUCGCUGAAUGCUCUACAGCUAAACGAGAAGAACGAGGAAGCUGGCACCGCUAUCUCACCUGGUCGUCGAGUCGUGCGGACAGUACCACCAUGGGCGAAAGACGACGAUGACAUAUCCGGAGGCCCACUCCCCUUCCACCCCCUCGAAACAUCCCGCGAGACUGGAGCACGCGCAACGAACCCCGGUACCCGGAGUACCAUCCCUCCAACCCUAAGCCCUCCACAAUUGGUUGCACAGACGAGAUGGCAUUCAUUCGCGAGAUUACCACAUGCAAUGAGGCCGCAUCAAUGGCGGGAAGGAGUGAGUCCCAAUCACGGUGCUGGAGAUGUGGAGAAAGAAGAAAGUGUAAGGAGGACGAGGAGGGCGAGUGAUAGUGAUUCGGAGAGAGAGAGGAGGAGUAUUAGGAGUUUCUUUAGACGAGAUGAGGAUGAAGAUGUGGAUUUGGAGGCGGAUCGGAGGGCGGUGAAGAGGGAGGCUCAAGAGAGACGCGGGGAUUUUGCAUGGCUUGAGCGUCAACAGGGACUGAAUACUCCUUGGCACCAUGCCGACCCAACCUCAACCUCCUACUUCCCCGACGACGCCCGUCUUCGGCGUGAGCGGACGACAUCAAGCAUCAUCAUCACGGACGGCGCCAACGCGCACAAGAAACAACGGACAUGGUGGACAAAAACCCAAGUCCGCUUCCUCAACAACCCCUUCAUCCCCCUCGCCAUGCGUUCCGUACAAUGGCUCGUCUCCCUCCUCGCUCUCGCAUUCGCAGCAAACGCGGUACAGUUGAGUAACAAACAUGGAUUCGAUCAGAGGCCUAGUGCGAUCAUGGCUAUUGCUGUGGAUGGGGUAGCGUUGAUUUAUCUCAUCUAUAUUACGUGGGAUGAAUACAAAGGAAAGCCCCUUGGCCUCCGCUCACCUAAGGUGAAGAUGCGACUCGUCAUGCUCGAUCUUCUCUUCAUCAUCUUCUUGUCCGCAAACCUCGCUCUCGCUUUCGACACGCUGUUUGACAAUCAGUGGGGAUGUAGGAUUGAGGGUGGACAGUCCUAUCCGGGAGCGCUGAAUUCGAGUGUGAAUGUGAGGGGAGUCUGUAGGAGGAUGGAGGCCUUGGCGGCGUUUUUGUUUUUGGGGUUGGUUGGGUGGGUUGCUGGGUUUACGGUAAGUGUGUUUAGGAUUGUGGAGAGGGUUGUGCAGGCGUGA